UUAGGACGCCAAUAUCAAAGUCUAAGUAUUCCCCUUAGCAUCUUUGAGCCAACUUUCAGGAGAUUAGGAAGAUUUAGAAGCCAGUUGUUUCAGAUUAUCUCUUUUUAAUUUGAACAUCCCCGAGGGAAUCAGACGACAUCUCCGCACCCAACCCAGGAUUCCCCGCGAGUCCAAGAUGGAGGAUCUUGCUGUGGAGGUGUGCGGUCAGAACGGCGCAUUUUACACGGCCUGCAUAAGAGACAUCCAUGAAGAAGAGGUGACAGUAGCUUUUGAGAAUGACUGGCAGCCAGAACGCAAAGUUCCGUUCCAAGAUGUGCGGCUCCCUUCAGCCCCCGUAGAAGAUUACGAACCUCAGGAGGGAGAUGAAGUAGAGGUACAUGCUGCUUUGGCAGAAACGAAUGAUGAGCCGUGUGGUUGGUGGCCCUGCAGGGUAAAAAGAUGCAAGGGAGCCUUCUGUGUAGUAGAAUACCUCGACCUGGAGGCAACGUUUAAGGACAUUAUAGACACAGGAAAAAUCCGCCCGGCAAACAAAAACCCUCCAUUGACCAAGGACUCCUUCCACAAGUGUACGAUAGAUGUGCCUGAAGACCUCAGGGAAUGUUGUCGAGUAGAAAGUAAUCACAAUGAGUUCAAGAGGGCCUUGAAGUUGACGGCAGGGUCCGUUGUGUUCAACACGGACCUGAACGCAAUCGUAGUAAUCUCCAAUGAUGAGGCGGCGGUAAAGAGAGCGCAGAUUUUGAGUGACAUGCACUUCCGUAGUCUACGAACAAAGCUCAUGCUGGAGGCAAGGAAAAAGGAAGCACAGCAACAAUUGGAGACCACUAAAGCCAUGCAGCGGCAAUGCCUGGAGGAGUUCUCAGUGCGGGAGGACCUGAUGGGACUGGCUAUCGGAUCACACGGGGCCAACAUCAUGCAGGCUCGCAGACUCGAGGGGGUCACGGCCAUCGAACUGGAAGAACAAACAUGCACCUUUAAGAUUUAUGGAGAGACAAAGGAGGCAGUACAGCAAGCAAGGAGAAUGCUGGAGUAUAAACAAGAUGUUGUCCAAGUCCCAAGAAAUCUCAUAGGAAGAGUAAUAGGCAAGAAUGGUCGUAUUAUCCAGGAGAUCGUGGACAAAUCUGGGGUGGUCAGGGUGAAAAUCGAGGGAGACAAUGAGAAAGAACACACAGUACAGAGGGAGGAGGAUCCAUCAGCAAAGGAUUCUGUUCCAGAACAUGUCCCCAUGAUCUUCAUCGGAACGACAGAGCAGAACAGCAACGCCAAAAUGUUGUUGGACUACCACCUCGCACAUCUCAAGGAAGUUGAGCAGCUCCGCAUUGAGAACCUACAGAUCGCAGAAGAGCUCCGAAACGCAGGCGGGGGCGGCGGCACGUACUUCCCCCCUCCGCGCGAGCGUCGCUACAGCACGGACUACACGUCAGACACCACCGAGUCCACGUCCAGGGGCAGGGGUCAGAUGUACGGCAGAGGGCGCGGCCGUGGGGGCAGCAGGGGGAGGGGACAGGGAGGAAGGGGGCGGCCCAGACGGUACCAGGGCAGCCGCAAUGCUGUGUCUGAGAAUGAUCGCCGUCACCAAGACGAGCUCAGUGAUUGGUCGUCCGCUGUAACAGAGGACAGCAUGUCUGAAGCGAGUGGUGUACGCGGCAGCCGCUACUCCGGCAACCGUGGCAGGGGUGGCCGCCGUCCUCGCAUUAACACUGAGCCUAACUUUGACCGCGAGGUUCGCCAAGGUGACAACCACAACCCUUUCGACGUGCUCAACCAGGACGAGAACGAAAACGGCGACGUUAACGGGCGUCCAAAUCAGCGGCGUAACCGGGACCGCCGGCAGAACGAUCGGCGGCGGCGUAACGACGAGGAGGACUCUGUGCUCGACACCGAGGGGGAAACGAACACGGAGCGGGGUAGGGGAACAAACGUGACAUUGUAUUCAUACAUUCAGCAGGAAGAGGCCAACAAUAGCAGGGAUGGUAACAAAGAUAGCGCUGGGAAGAACCGCAGGAGACGGAACCGCCGGCGCCGCGAACGCCAGAACACUGUCAUCUUCAACGAAAACGCCAAGAAAGAAUCCCCUGAGGCUGCCACGGGCGACAGGGCCGAAGAAACCUCAGGGCACGAAACCGCAAAGUCUACGGACACCUCCAAGAUGAUUAGCGAAAACGAGGAGAAACCCGACGCGCCUAAGCAGCAGCGCCCGUCUCGAUCCAAACGCGGCCCCAGGGGGAAUAGACAGAGGGGAGGUAGCGAGAAAAGUGCAAUAAACGGGGACGGGGGCCCAGGUAUCCAGGAACACAGUCAGCAGUUAGUCAAUGGGACUGCCUAAGAAAAAAAACUGUGAAAAAUUCUAUGCAGAGCUUUAUUCAAGUGUCUUCAAAUUAUUGAAAUUACCACUAUAUACUAGUCUGAAUAUGCAUUAUUACACUGGGUACUCGGUAGCAGAAGUGGAACUCAAGAAAACUUAGUCUUUUCUCUUUGAAGGGUAGUCAAGCAGCCAUGUUAGGAGGAAGAUAACUAGCAGUGGGGACUGUCCAUAUGUUAGUGAAGAUGUUUUUCAGUCAAAAAAACUUAUCACUUCCAGCAAAAUGUGUACAUUGUAGUUGUAAAAAGUAUUCUUCAAAUGUUUCCAGUCAAGACUUUCAAAGAGAGAACACUGUAACCUCAUUGUAAGGGAUUGUUUUUCCUUAUCAGUCAUCGAAUGCUUCUUUUAGUUGACUCUUAUGAUAUCUAUAAGAAACUAUUACAUUGCUCUUGAACUGAAGCAACAUGAGAUUUGUAGGGGAACAUGCUAGAUUUUCUUAAGUUUGCAUAUAGGGCUGUAUGAACUGCUGCUGGAAGCUUGUUUUGUUGUAUCCAUGCAAAUUUGUGUGUCCCUUUGAAAUCUUACAGCCAUAAGCGUUCGAUCUGGAGAAGCAUAAUAUUAAUAUCUUUGAUCCAAAUUUUAUAUGAAAGGUUAUAUCUUUGUAGAAACCAGCAAACGGAGCUACUUUCAGGCUUAUGAUAAUUAUAGUAAUGUUUUACCGUAUACUACUUGCUUUGCACAUGAUUUGGUAUACUGAACUUAAAGGUGAGGUUUUGGUGCAAAAAUAGCCACACAGGUAGUAACAGAUAAAUUGGUUGGCAGACUUAGACACAUAAGAAAAAACAAAAAAAUCUAGGACCUCUAAGUAGAAGAGUCACAGUGCAUACGCCCUGGCUAUUGAUUGAUAUGUUUGUAAUAGUAGAUCUUGUAUUAGUGCACCCUUUUGUGAAGAUACAUUUUUGGGUGGUAUCUCAGUUUUUUUAGUCAACACACAAAGUUAUCAGGCAGUUCCUACGCACGAAUAUGUAUAUAGAAGGCGUUCUGUUGCAAUUACAUGAUCUAGGAAUGGGAGACUUGUUGAAAAGCACAAGAGAGAAGCUAAGACCUUGUUCUUGUACAGAAUAUACAGUACCAUAGCACAGUCUUCCUAUGUACAAGUGUUUGAGGACACUUUUGUUGCAUGCAAACUUUAUUAUGUUAUAAUCAUGGGCAUGGUGUAAUUUGUCUUCUGGUCUUCCCCAUUGACAAUUGGUUGAUGGUGGCUACUUUUGAGUAAGGUAUCCUGCAUACUGGAGUUGUUACAAAAAUGUGUUCUGUUUAAGGUAGAAUGAUUGUGUGCGUUGACUGUAUGGCUGUUCCCUUGUGCGAUUGUGUCAUGGACAAGUAAUUAUGGCAAUAGCCUUCUUAAAUCCUGGCUUAAGAUACACUCUAGUCAUGGACAGAAAAAUGCCACUUGUAAAAAAAAAAACACUAAAAAAAACAACAACAACACAAGGAUAUAUAUUACUUGGUGCUCAGUGUUGUCGGUGCAGGUGCCAUGGUAGGACACUUUGUCGAAAUGUAGAUAAUAUCACACCUGGCUUGUCAAAACUGUCAUUUAGAAGAUACCAGAUCCGUUGGCCGAGCCCUUAUUGAAAAAUGCUGCUACCACUUGCACUACAGUGCUGAGCAAUUUUCCAACAAGCUAGCUGAAGGGGCGUUUGGAUUCGCCUCUCGGCCAAGGAAACGGGAACCCUGUACUUUGUCUCUACACCUCCUCUCCUCUCGGAUUGUUGAACUUUUGAUGUAUGAUGGAAGAGUUAUCUAAGUUAAUCAUAAUGGAUUGUUUGCCUUGCCAAAGAGUGAGAAGUUCUGUAUCUUGAAAAGUGUUUAAGUGAAUAAAAACGAUAUCUUCAGUAAAAA